UGAAAGAGAAGUCUCUGGGUGAUCAGGCUGGAGCUGUGGAGCUUAGCUGGAGUUGGAAGAGACCCUCGGCUCCGGUUGAUUGCUCCAAGUCAUAUGAAUUUUAGUUGGGAAACGAACGUGCUCGCAAAUGGUUGAUGAUGUGUAUUUCGAAUGGAAUUUUUCUGUGUUGACCACUGAAAACAGUGCCUUGAGAAAGAAUCAAUUUUUUAACAUUGUGAGGUGAAUUCGUGAAUUUCUAUAUGUGUGUGGUUGUUUUUUUUUAAAGUCCAGUUUGUUGAAAGAAAAGUUGUGAAGAAGUUUUUCCACGGAAUGUAAUUCGCGGUUUUUUGUUGUUGUUGUGAUUCACUUCAUUUGGCGAAAUUUGAGUCAAAAUGAAAGAAAUUGCCACCAAUUGGAUUUUUCCACAUUGAUUUUUAUGCAUUAUUGGCAAGAAUAAGUACACAAAAGUGGUAGAGCCCAAAAGUGUUCCGGGGACGCGAAAAAGAAGCGGAAACCAGUUUUGUGUUGAUGGGUGCCUUGAAGAUGAAAAAAAAUAUAUAUAAAGUGGUAUAAGAUUUACUUGUGCUGAAACAAGGAAAAAAAAAAGACUAAGAAAAACCAAACACUCUUGAGCAAAGUACUUAGAAAUUCGUGAUAAACAUUGCUGAAAGCAAUUAGAAACACUCGACAAUUGUGAAAGUAUUUUUCUCCAGUACUUCUUUACCAUUGAGAAGAAGGAAAGAUUCUCCUGUGAGAAAAAGACAUUGUAAUAGGCACAUCACGAUUUUCGGAUUUUCUGUGCAGAUAGAUUGCGUGACACAGUCGCAGAAAUUGUAUCUUCAUUUUAUGUCUUCUUCAUCAUCUCGGGGCAUCGUUGAAAUCUUACCAGUGAAGAUGUCGUCGUCGUCGUUGGUUGAAAACGUAAAUUUGUCAAUUGCAAUCACGGCAAUUGGACACUGUCAGCAUCAAAAUGAUGGGUACAUCAACGAAGGAAACACCAUGGGCAAAUGCUCCAUCGAACGGUGGUAGAAGGUGGAUAAACAGUGAACCUAUAUUGCCAUUUUUGCAGCGUAUCAAUCUAUUUGGGCAUUUUCACAUAGCCACACGGAAGAGUUCCAUCUAUCCAGUGGAUGCAGUUGAGAAGAGAAAUAAGAGUUUAGGAUCUCUGACGAGGGGUAGUGAGAGUCGGAGUGUACAGAGUCUCAAACAAUUCUGGAAUAGUCAAAUACUUUCGCGUGGUUCACGCAGUGAAGAGGAAAUUUGCCAUACGGCUGCUGGGGAUUUGGUGGGAUUGAAAAGUGCAACAUUUCGUCCGAGGGACAAUUUCAAUAAGUACAAGACAGCCUCAACGGUGCAGCAGCAACAGAAGCGUCAGACAAUUGAUACGGCAUAUCUGGCCAGACCGUCAAUUGCUUUUGUGAAGUCUGGUACUGAGGGCAGUGACCAGAGAAAAUUUCCACAGGGCAGUAGUACUUUGGGUGCUGGUGCAAAAAUUCACUGGGCACGACGGGAGGAUAUUUUUGAGGCGAGACGGGGAAAGAUGAAUACACCAAAGGCCUCCAAUACCACUACAAUCAUGAUUGGUGGUGGUGAAGUGGGUGCAGGCGGGGUAUGUGAAAGUGAUAAGGAGAAUAAUUUAGCAAGUGUGGGUGCUGAGAGGGAAGCCAGUGGUGCGAGUGAUAAGAAAGAUAGGGCUGAGUGUCGAAGUAACAAUAGUCUCAGUGGAUCGAGUGUAUCGCUAGCCACGACAGUUGAAUCGAGUCCGAGGCGCGGAAUUGCAUGUCGGAAGGUCAGUUUUAAGACACACAGUGGCCAGAGUCAUCAUAUACGUAAGAUGGCCAUGGGGGGCAGCAAAGUGGCUGCCCUUACGCAUAGGUUUAAUCAAUUGAUACAGCAGGAUACGGGAAUAUUGGAGGAAGUGAAGAAGAAAGGUGUUGUGGUGCAUAGGGUGGCGGGACAUGUGUACAAAAUCCGGGAGGAAGGUGGAGAGAAAGUGAACUCCCGCAGGGGGAGUUUGAGACUGUCUGAGAGUGCAAAUGAGGAAAAGAGUCCGCGAAAAGUGCCUUCGACCCGAAGGAAACCAAGUGUAAAUCGCAAAGGUAGUAGUUCUGGUAGUCGUCUAAGUAGUCGCAUUGAAACAACACCAAGUGGUAGUGUUAGAGCAACGAUAAAGCUCUUUGAGCCACCAUCGCGAAGUGAUGCUGUGCAAUUGAGGGAUGAGGGCGUUAGGCCAAGUGCAAAACCCAAAGUUCCGGAUAAAAGUGAACAGGUGCUGCUGAGAACGAGGGAGAUUCAGAGGAAACGCCUGAAAUUGUCAUCGGGUGAUAAGGUGAGUGAUGUGAUUGAUGUACAAGUGCCAAAGGAUGCAAUUUGUGGUGCAGUAGUGAGAAAAAUUGAUGCACUCGAUGAAAUUGAAGAGGUGAUUGAGGAGAAAUCCACUAUGAAUCAUGUGGAUGAGACAAAUUUGACAGUGGAAGAUGGUAAAAGUGAAAAUGUCCAUGAUGAUGUACCUGAAAAGGUGGUUGGUGCUGUUUUGGGUGAUGAUUAUGCUGUGGCACCAUCACCUGAGAAAUUUCCUCAUCAGCAAACACCUGUGACCAAAAGUGACUUGGCCACCAUGGCAACAUUACCCAAGAGUAGCAGAAAUAAGGAGAAAUCUGUUUAUGGGCGAAUUUAUGAGAAAAUCAAGUUCAAGUCAUCUUUUCUCUAUGCCAAGAAAACACGGGAACAACAACCACUUUCCACGAGUCAGGGAAAUUUGAUGGUCAAUGGUGACAUGGAGAAGAAUCCUGAUCAGAAGAUUGUUGAGGCACUGUGUCGGGUGAAUGAGAAAAUUGAGCAUCUGUCGAAAAGUACAACAGAUCUGCCGACAUUGACCCUUCCUUCCUCGGAUUCUUCGACUGACUUGCCGGAAAUUAAGCCAAAUGAUUCCUUCCUAUUUCGUACGACAUCCAAGAAUAGCUUUGGGGAUUUAAUGAUGGAUCCAUUGACUGAGGAGGAAUCUGUCGAAGCGAUAAAUCAUCAUUUGAUCAAUCGAACCCAAUCCAUGGAUGAAUCAAUCUUCCCUCAGCCUCCAGGUACGCCAAAUCAAUCCACUCCCAUUGCAGAGGUUCACUUCCAAAGUCUCCUUUGGAAACCUUUGGAAGAGAACACAGAUAAAACAGAGGAUGACUACGAAAUUAUAAAUCCCCCAGUGGAUAUUGAAAUUGAUCAGCCCAAGGAAGCCCUCUAUCAGACACUCGCAGAAGUCCGUUCAGGAUGCGAGAGUGUCAAUAGCUACGAAUCCUUCGAUAAUUACGAAGCCAUCGAUGAAUUGCGCAAAGAAGUGUCAGCCAUGGAUUCAGGCUAUGAGGUUUGUUCUCCACCAGAACCACCACCUCCACGAAAGCCAGAGGAUCAUCAGAAAAAAUCCCAAGAACCCCCAGUUCCCAUGAGAAAUACCUUUGUUGGUACAACAGAAAAUAUUUACGAUACAAUUAAAAAUGGGGGAGAUAGUACACCAUCAACCCUCAAUGGCUAUGAGAGAUUAGCGGGCAGUGUCAAUUGCUACGAGAGUAUAAAUUCAAACAAUAGACACGAUUUCUUAAGGCUCAAUCAUCUGCAUAUGCUAAGGCAUUCGGAUUCGGUGUCAACACUGUCGUCAGAUCACAAGACCAACAGUUUGUAUGGCACUUCCCUCAAUGGACACCCACUGAGGCAGCCUCCCAGUGAGGGCAGCAGUGAGAAUAGCGAUGAAUGGAUUGAUAUCUCUGACAGUGAGGAGGUCACUAAGCACAACUUCAUCGUCAUUCGGGAACGUACAAAAUGUCACAGGAGUCCCGAUUGGAGUCGAAAAGUUCGCGAUCAUCGAAUUCAGCUGCAAGAAGAUAUCUACGAUGACGAUUCUGACCAUCACUAUGAAUCUCUCUAUUCCGCCAAAUUAACUGAGCCACAGACUAAAUUGGUCACCAAUACUAAUGGAGAUACUCAGGCAAUUAUUAACAGUGGCUUGGAGAAAGAUCUUCCAGAUGAUGACUUCGACUCAUUCGACAGUGAUCCAGAUUCCGAUGAUGAUGUUAAAAAGAAUGACAGUGGGGUUGAUGUAAGCAAUACUAAACUUCCUGAACCACCACCAUCGUCCAAUCAAGUUUAUGCUUUAAUGCAGAAAUUUAAGAAUUUGAGCUCAUUGACGGAAAUAUCCAAGUCACUGAGUCGUUUCACCAAAAAGAAAUCAUCCAAGGGACGUGGCGAAGAAACAGGCCAUAUGGGGCAAAAGUAUGAAAAUACAAAAUUCUACGAUUCACCUGAAUAUCAAAAUGUAUCCUUUGAUGGUACUGUGAGAAAGUCCAAAUCACCAAAGUCCAAGAAGCGCAAUUCGGUGUUUUCACAGAAAUGUGACGAUGCGUAUGAGAAUACAGAAUUUCAUGCACCCUAUACCGCCACACUUGGUCACAAUCCUCUGCAAUCUAGUCUCGAAAUCAAAGAAUUCAAGGGGGAUGGUCAUGUGGUGGAUGAGGCACCGGUGAAGGUGCCAAGAAAAAAGUCCAAAAGUGGCAAGAGUUUCAAGUCAAAAUUGCGACGGAGUUUGGUAUCGUCGGAAUCUACGUUGAACAUUGGAAGUUCCUUCAAUGGUACCCGAAGUACAUUUUACGUGUCUGAUUCCAUGGAUAUGGAUUCGGGCAUCUUUACGGGCAGUGACAGAACAUUCAAGACUGAUGAUAGUUUCAUGGGAAAAUCACCUACGCCAACCCCCGAAGGCGGUAAAGAGAGUCGACGGAAGAGUACUCCAUGUGGCAGACCACAAAAUCCACCACCACCACCUCCGGCUGUCCCAGCGGACAGGAAAAAGAAUCUAGGAUCUACAACUUCCUGGUAUGCAGAGUGUGGAGUCUUCAAGUCAGACACUCUCAAGCAUGAGUCCAAGAAUCGCGACAAGAAGCUCAAUGGUAGUCGAAAUACAACUUCCUGGUAUGCUGAAGCGGGUCUCUAUCAGACCACAAGUGGUGACUCCGUGGCGAGUUCCAGUGGGAGCUCUGGAGUGUCAACGGGAGGCGAAUGUGGCGGAGGAGAUGAUAAUUCACACAGCAUGUUCCUCAAUGAACCACUCUAUCAAAUCUACUCAGCAGCUAAGUUGGAGUCAAUUUCGCGUGAUAUCGAAUUGGGUGAGCAGGAUCAAAGUGAUGGGUAUGAGGAGAUUGGCAAGAAGGAGGAUGAAGGAGAGUUGGAAGAGAAGAAACCACUGAGACCAACAGCAUUGCAACUUGUAGGACCCAAACAAGGACCUUCGAGGACGCUCUGGAGCGAGAUUCCCGAAGUUAUCAACUCAGAGAUACUCUCAACACUCACGUCCACGGAAAAACGCCUGCAGGAGGCAAAAUUUGAGAUUCUAACUUCGGAGGCAUCCUACCUAAAAUCACUGAAUCUCCUCAAGUCACACUUUAUGAAUGAUCCAUCCUUUAGAGAUACAACUGUUCUGAGUAGUGCUGAUAGAAAAACUCUUUUCUCGUAUACCAUUCCCGUCCAAGAGUGCUCAGAUCGACUUUUGUGUGAUCUGGAGAAUUGUUGGCAGGACAAUAUUAUGCUACUGGGACUGAGUCACAGUGUUUAUAAGCAUGCGGAGAAGUAUUUUCAUGUCUAUGUGCAGUAUUGUGAGCAUCAAGUGCGAUUGGAUAGGACACUGAGAAGACUCAAGGAUACCAAUCGCAAUUUCACCCAAGCCCUUGAUAUUCUCGAAGCUGAUCCUGUUUGUUGUGGUCUGAGUUUACAUUCCUUCCUCAUGUUGCCCAUGCAGAGGAUAACGCGAUUGCCACUGCUUAUUGAUGCUGUUUUGAGUAAGCUCAAGAUGGAUGAUGAUGAGUAUGACAAUUGGAAGAUGACACUGGCCAUUUUAAACAAGAUUGUGGCUCAGUGCAAUGAUGCGGCCAAUAGAUCGGAACAGGCUUAUGAGAUGCAGUACAUUUCGCGCCAAAUUGAAUUUCCCACCAGUAUCAGUCCCUUUUCCAUUGUUCCCGUGGGUAUUCCGGCGCCAAAUGGUCUCUCCCGGACACUCGUGCGCCGUGGAGAAUUGACACAUCUCAUCUGGCGUGGAGACGAUGGGAAACUGACUUUUGGGAAGAAAUUCAGCAAGUCCAAUAUCUAUGUCUUUCUCUUUACUGAUCUCUUAGUUCUCACCAAAAAGAAAAGCGAUGAGAACUUCUUGGUGUUCGACUACUGCCCUAGAUCCAUGUUGACAGUGUCCUCUGGAGAUGUAAUACCUCAGUUGCCUACAAAAGAUGUUGCUCUUGCCGGUAAACAUCUCAUCCUGAUGACUCUCCUGGAGAAUCACGAGGGAAAGACUGUUGAAAUGAUUCUGUCCUGCCAAUCAGAGACGGAUCGACAGAGGUGGCUUCAAGCGACGGAGCCCCCUUCGUCGGAUAAUCCUGAUGAGACUCUUUACGAACAAUGGGACUGCCCUCAAGUGAUUGUGAGGCACGAAUAUCAAGCUACUCAGCCGGAUGAGCUUUCUCUGGAUCCUGGAGAUAUAGUCAAUGUCACGAGGAAGAUGGCAGAUGGAUGGUACCAUGGUGAAAGGAUUCGGGAUGGGGCUCAUGGAUGGUUCCCGGGCAAUUAUACAGAAGAAGUGGCUUCGCCACAUGUUCGUGCUCGCAAUCUCAAACAACGCUACCGACUUCUUACUUUCACUGCCACUUACUUGGAGGCACAGAAGAAGAAAUGAACAUUCCCCCGAAAAAAAUAAUGAAGAUAUCCCUUUGAGUUCAGCACACGAAUGAAGGAAAUAGAAAGUGUUAGAAGAAACAAAAUGUGAUAAGAAUUUGUGUGGGAGGAAAGAAGAAAAUUUUAACACUAAUAUCCCUCAAAAAUGUUGACUUGUUAACGAUAGUUUUUGUUUUUGUGCAGAAAAAAAAGAUCAAAUAGACAAAAAUAAAAAAUGUAUUUAAUUUUGUGUAAAUAAAAGAGCAUAUACAUACACA